AUGACUCAGUCCCCGGUCGUGAUCUCCAGCUACGGGACGCUCGAGUUAAAGCCCGAUACAUCCUUCAAUCCACCCCGUCGUCUUUCACAAUGGUAUAUUAAUAUUGCCAUGAUUAAUUUUGUCGAAUUUGCGGCUGAAUCUUCACGUGGUGUGGUAUUGGCCACUCUUUUCCUCUAUACCAAGUCACUGGGUGGAGAUUUGGCGUUUAUGGGCAUGCUCACGUCGCUUUUUUCAGUAGGAAGAUUGAUUUCAUCCACGGCUUUUGGCUGGAUGUGUGAUCACUAUUCAUUCCGCUCGGUCUACAUUGUGUCAUCGGUUAUUUGUCUCAUGGGGAACCUCAUUUACGUCUUUGCUGAUCAGCACGUAACCGGCAGCUUAACGGCACUCGCGGUCAGUCGAUUUGUCGUGGGCUUUGGAGCUGGCAAUCGCAGUGUCUGUCGAGCAGACGUGGCAUCAAUCACGACGAUCAAUCAACGACUUACAUACUUAACGAUGUUGGCGACAGUCGUGUUCUUUGGCUACGCAUUGACCCCUGGUCUUGGUAGUCUGGUGGCUAACACGGACUUGUACAUUUUGGGCAUUCAUUUGAAUAAGUUUACAUCGCCGGGUAUGAUCCUUGUCGUGUUUAACCUGUUGACAAUUGCAGGCAUGAUGACACUAUACGACGGGUCUAUUCAGACUCGGGAUGGUCCAUCGGUAUGCACACCAGAUGCUACUACAAACAGAACUCUGAGCAAUAUGACGGUAAUGCCGGACCGCGUUGUAAACAUUGGAGCAGUGGUGUUCAUUUUUUUGAACUUUAAUGCACGUGGCAUCUUGUCGGUAUUUGAGACAGUAAACAUCCCGUUGUUCCUUCAGGUGACGGGCAGCGACCCAGAGAGCGUGGAUGCCGUGGUGGAUGCAUCCAACUUUCAGUUUUAUCUCGGACUGUUGGGCUUGCUGUCGUACUUUUCUAUCGAGACCUUCCGUCACAGUUUAUCCGAUGUAAACUGGGUGCAGCUAGGCUUCCUAAUGCUGCUCGCUGGUAACCUGAUCCUGGUAGUGGUGCCAGUGGCUCUGUCAUUUCCACACUUGGCAGUGGCAGAGUUUCUUGUCUGGAGUGUCGGCUGUCCGAUCACGACAGCAGUUGUCGUAGCAGCGUUCUCAAAGCUGCUAGGUGGUCGACCCCAGGGCACGCUCAUGGGUCUGCUUGGCUCCGCAGCUUCCGUAUCACGGAUAAUUCUCCCUCUACUUCCUGCAGCUAUCCCGAGCCUUACCCCUGUAUUUUGGAUUAACAUUCUGUUGUGCACCCUCAGCAUUUCGUUGCUGUGGUGGUACAGCCGACUGGUGUACAAGACAAAGCUGCAAAUGAUUGACGAUGCUGAACUUGCGGCGCUUUCACCUAAUAACGACCCCCGGUCGCCCCUGGGCUCAGAGAAGGUGGACUUUCCCGACAAGUAA